AUCUACUUAGUACUCCUCAGAUAGGUAAUAGUCCUAGAAACAGAGAUCCGAGCAUCAUCUAAACUCGCCCCUUCUUCAUACAUUUAUUACGAACUGCGACAUUCCUCUAAGAAAAAUUUAUAAAUUAUAUAUAUCUUUAUUUUUUUCAACUACUGAUUUCUUACUUCUUUCUUACUUAUAAAUGCAGCUGAAGACGAUAAAAUCCACUCCAUCACGCAAUACUCAAUAUGACGCAGAACACGUCCUAUGCCCAAUUUGAGAAUGGGCCAGGCUUAAUCGCCACAUUCCACCAUGCACAGAAAGCGCCUAUUAUUCUUCGAAGACAACCUCAUACCGAGAAAGGUCUAUCCUCCUCAUUGGGUGAUAAUCUGCCGGAGCCCGAAAACUAUGGAGAACUCGAACAGCUGAUGUUCUCGUGCCUACAAUCCGGGGACGACAAAUCUGCUCUGUUGUGUAUUGAACAACUGUCAAGUCGUUUCGGUGUCUUUGAUGCCAAAGUAGCCGGAUUACGGGGAUUGUUCGAAGAGGCGACUGCAGAAAGUGAACCUAGCCUGGAAGAAUGUUUGCAGAAAUAUGAUCUCGCGAUUUCCGAAAACCCAGUCAACUUGCCUAUUUUAAAGCGUCGUAUUGCACUUUUGAAUUCACUUUCCAGACCUAUGGAAGCCAUAUCCAACCUAAACAAGCUUCUUGAAGCUGUUCCUACAGAUGCAGAAGCGUGGUGUGAACUUGCAUAUCUGUACCGAUCUCAGGGAAUGAGCCCCCAGGCAGUUUACUGUCUAGAAGAAGCAUUGUUGAUUGUCCCUUAUGCGUGGAAUAUUCAUGCGCUGCUGGGUGAAACCCUGUUUUCAAGUGCCUUGUUGUCUGAUUUGAAUGAAUCCUGUCAGCUACUAGAGAGGUCUAUACGUUAUUUUUGCCGCAGCGUAGAGCUUUGCACUGACUACCUAAGGGGGUUCUAUGGUCUACUCAUGGCUACAUCACUAUUAGGGGAGAAACGCCUGCAAAACCACUCGAAAGAUCAUCUUUCUCCGCAAAGGUCAAGCUCUUGGACAAGUACAAAUUUCACCCUUGACGAACUCACCCUUUUUGCAAGGAAAAGGCUUGACGACAUUGUGAGACAUCGAUCUUCCCAUUAUCAGCUCUGGAAAGGCGAUCAAGGGGAUCUAAUUGCAGCCAAAGAACUCCUUCGUGGCAUUGACAGUUCCUAGAAGAUCAUGUUGGAUAUAUCUGCCUUGUCCGCGAAAAGGCGAAAUAGAACUUAGAUAUGACCGCUUCACCACUAUAUAAGAUCCAACAAGUCAGAAAC